CUAGGACCUGCAAACCCGAGAUACGCAGAGCGCAACGUACCGGGAGGAUUUGCUGUCUGUAGACAUAUGUUACUCUCUGUAUAUGUACCCUAAAGUGCAUGAUUUUCUGUAAAUGGGCACUGUCAUUAAGUGUUUAUCGGAAGGCAUCACUCGUGAAUUAGACGUAAUCUAAUGUUUAUGAAGUGAAGCAUUCGAAACAGAAAUGUUUUGCAAUCGUCUUGUGGUUGAUAAAGUAAAGUGAAGGCGCUACGAGGAUGAAAGUGUCGAUACAUAUGGCACUAGCAAUUUGGAAUAAAAAGUCGACAGAAAAGUGCGAAAUGUGAGCACGUCAAACCAGAAUUCUUGCGGAAUUUAACUGUGUCUCUUAAUACUUUCUGGAAACAUGGCAUCAGGCGGCACGGCACCGGGAACGAAAAGAGCUGCCAGAAUUUACGACCUGCCGGACGAGAUCUUACUGGAAAUCUUUUCUUACCUGUCGCCGGACGACAUGGCGCGGAGCACGCAGGUGUGCGUGAAGUGGCACGGCAUACUGAAACAGGAGGAGCAGCUGUGGAGGCGUAAGGUGUGGAGUAGCAACAGCGUGGACGCGAUGCAAGAGUUCCUGGCGGCCGGCAGCGGCAUUCCCCGCCUGCGGACCCUCCGGCUGCUCUACGACAGCGAAUACAGGAUCCGGGUCGCCUGGCCAGAAGUGACGCUCCACCUCUGUGUUGCCACUCCCUUCCUGCUGGAGCCUUACUUGCGUUCCUUCGACACCGAAAGUCUGGUGGUGAGUGGCGAGCCGGAUCACAGCGGAGAGUAGUUCGGAGUACCCGAACGAGAUCCGUGGGAGUCGGUGACGGGGGACCUUACGGCAGACCUGCCCCACCUUCGCACACUUUCGCUGCUCUUUUCUAGUUGACAACUUCCCGCUGUGCUCCCGUUCCUUCCCUCAGAGCUCUGCUCCUAAAAUGUAGCUAACAAUAAUUAAUUGAAUACGUUUUUAGCAUCGUACUGUUCCACAUUUUUGAUGACCCUUUUGCUAUGUAAGAUUACAAAGUUAGAUCUCUCAAAAUUGGUGUUGGUGCUUUUUGCAACAUUUAUAAAGUAGUAUUUGUGCUGCUUCCAUCCCUCAAAAGGCAUUCCAUAUUUUAAAAUAGAUUCAUAGUAGGCCUAGUUGUGGUAAUCAAUUUUUAUGAUGUCUAUCUGAAUGCUAUAUGUGCAGUUCAGUCCUCUCUACUGGAAGCUGUGGACAUUAAUGUAGUCUUACACUGCAUAUAAUUUUCCAAUACUAAUAGAUGUAAUAAUUGUAGUUUAUUAAGAACAACUAAAGUGAGCAUUCAUCACUAGUCUUAGAAUGUAAGAAAAAAUAAAGAGUUCGGUGGAGAUGGUACACGUGCUGCUUGUGGCUUUUACUCUGCAAGCAAUCGUGGAAUUAGUUGUGAUGGAAAUAAAGUAAAGUGUUAGUUUUAA